AUGCCGGUGCUUUCCCCGGCCGAACAGCUGGCCUCUCAGCUGGGAUGCGACGUUUCCCUGGCGCAGGCGGCGCUGAAGGUCUGCCAUGGCGGGGUUCCAGCCGCGGCCCAGGUCAUCGAGCAGGGCCGCGAGAGGCCCCUGGAGCCCUAUGAGGGCCUGCUGGCCCAAGCGCGCGUGAGGCGGGCGCUGGAGGAGCAGCCGGGGCCGCCGGAGGAGAAGUGGCUCAUCUGCAUCCGCACCUUUGGCAGGCCUGGCACGCGAGGCUUGCAGAGCGAGCUGCAUCGGCUCCUCUUCGGCGCUCUGAAGAUGAAACAGGCCAGGAUCUUGGAAGAGAAGCUGGAGACGAGCAAUCUGACGCUGCUGGCCUUGAGAAGGUUGGCCAAGACCAAGUCGCCGGAGGCCUUCAGACACGCCUUGAAGCAGCGCGGGGUGGGCCGCGUGACUGCGAAGACGGCGCAGGUCCUGGCGGAGAAGCUGUGCGAGCCGUUGGAGGAGGUGGAGAAGAAGCUGGCGCCGGCGGAGAAAGGUCUGCCUGAUUUGACCCUGGCGGCUCUGGAGCGGGCCCUGGGGCCUGGGGCCCACAAGCGCUGCUUGAUCUUCGUGUCGCACACCGACGCGGCCUGGAGCUCUGGGCAAUACGCUGCGGCGCUCAAGAGGCCGUGGGCGGACAGGGUGGUGGUUGGUGUGCGCGGCGCGCAUUUGCAGGUUCGCUUCAUCGAAGAGGCGGCUCCGGCGGGGAGUCACAUCGUGAUUAUGGACGACAACAUCGAGAAGCUGGUGGUGGAAGUGCCCGACGAUGCCAUCGUGGCUAAGCAGAAGGCAGCAGGGAUUCAGGACUGCUACACGCUACCGCUGAGUUGGAAAGACUCCAUGAGCCCCUUGUGGGGCACCGGCCUGCAGGCGGUGCAAGAAUCCGAGGUGCUCUGCUUCUUGCGGUCGCUUUGUCCGGAGCUUGCGCGCUGGAAGGCGACGCGCCAGGUGGAAGCGGCGCUGCGAAACGCCAAAGUCGGGUCCCUGAAGAAGUUCCAGGCCUUGUCUCCGCAACGAGCUCAGGGACUGCUCCGCUGUCUGUCAGCCAAAAAACGCAAGGCCUGCCACGCGGCCGCGAAGGGUCUCGAGGGAAGGAUCUCCGACGUGAAGCUUUCGGCGCCGAGGAUGCUCGCCAGGCCCGGCGAGAGGACGAGCAAGACGAGGGAACCGGAGCUGUGCCAGCUGAUACGGCGUGCGGGACGGGAAAUGACACAGCAGGGAGUGCACCUCUGGGGCAUCAAUCCAACGAGGAACCACUACUUCCUCAAGGGACGCGGUGACGAUAUGCGGCAAAGGGCCCUUUCGCAGGGAAUAUUUCAGGACUUUUCGAACAGACUGGGCUUGGUUUACGGUGCGUGGUUUGGCAUCCGUGUGACGCACAAGCCACAGCUUUACACCAGACAGGGGCAGAUCAAGGAUGACGUGGAGCGCACCCUGCGGUAUUGGCACCACGACGGCAAGUUGCUGCGGUUUACUCGCUACAGCGCCGACAAGAACAGCUUCAGGCCUGGUCAGUUUGGCUGCAAGAAGGGCGGCAUCUCUUCCAGUUCCUCCCCGCAGGCGCACGGCGCCGAGGCGGACGCGGCGACGAGAGCCCUCGUCGCCGAGUUCGGCGCCUACGCUCGCCUGCCCAGGGCGGGCGAAAGGAGCUCCUGCGGCCUCAUUUGGACGCCUGAGGUCGAGAGGAGCAAGCCAGCUGUGUCCGAUCCGAAGGCCAAAAGGGUGAAAAGAGGUUGA